UAAGAAAUCGGUGCUGCAACAUUUCCGAAAACCCCUCGUCUAGAUCUUACUCUCACUCUCUCUCUCUCUGAGUCAGAAUCUUCAUCUGAAUCUCAAAUUCUCAAGUUUUCUUCUGCAAAUCUUCACCGCGAUUUCCAAUCUCAAUUCUCAUCAGGUUGAAUUGAUUGCUGAAUUCAAUUCAAUUCAAUCUGGUGAUGGCUGCUCCCAAUCAACAACCACCACCACCACCACCCACCUUCGACAUGCACUCCUUCUUCAACCCUCCAAACCCUAACCCUAACAACCACCUUGCUUCUUCCCCAUUCCCUUCCUCCGCCCCACCUCCUCCGUCCUCCUCCGCCUCCUACCCUCCUCCCGCCGGCCCCUUCUCCGCCGCGCCGUACUUCCCCUUCGACCACCACCAGCACUUCCCGCUACACCCCCAUCACUACCUCCAGCAACAGCAACAGCAACACCAACAGCUGCAACAACACCGUUCCCUCUCCUUCCCAACUCCGCCUCUCCAACCCCAGCCUAUACCUCCGCCUUCCAACCCCAACGCUGGCGCCAGCCUCAUGGCUCUCCUCAGCGCCAAUCCUCCUAUGCAACCCCAGCAGCAGCAGCAGCCGUUUUCCGAUUUCGCCGCCAGUUCCCCCCACGCCCCGCCUUCCGUGGGCGCACUGACAGCUGCCAAUGCCGCUGCCGCCGCGCUGAUCCGGCUGCCUAGCAGUAAGCUCCCCAAGGGGAGGCAUUUGACUGGGGAGCACGUUGUGUACGACGUCGACGUUAGGUUGCCCGGUGAGGUGCAGCCCCAGCUCGAGGUCGCGCCCAUCACUAAGUACGGGUCUGAUCCUAACCCGGUUCUGGGUCGGCAGAUUGCGGUGAAUAAGUCGUAUAUAUGUUAUGGGUUGAAACAGGGGAACAUCAGGGUGCUCAAUAUUCACACUGCUGGGAGAUCCUUGCUCAGAGGCCACACUCAGAGGGUCACAGACUUGGCAUUCUUUGCCGAAGAUGUUCAUCUCUUGGCAAGUGUUUGCAUAGAUGGCCGUGUCUAUGUGUGGAAGAUCUCUGAAGGUCCCGAUGAUGAAGAUAAGCCUCAAAUAACUGCUAAUAUUGUUAUUGCUAUCCAAAUAGUGGCAGAGGAGAAAGUUGAACACCCUCAAAUUUGCUGGCAUUGCCACAAACAAGAGAUUUUGAUAGUUGGUAUGGGAAAACAUGUGCUGAGAAUUGACACAACAAAAGUUGGAAAUGGUGAAGCCUUUUUGGCUGAGGAUCCUCCUAAGUGUCCUCUUGACAAACUCAUUGAGGGGGUUCAGCUUGUAGGAACACAUGAUGGGGAGGUGACUGAUUUGUCAAUGUGCCAAUGGAUGACAAAUCGAUUGGUAUCUGCAUCUCAGGAUGGCACGAUAAAAAUAUGGGAAGAUCGGAAGAUGCAACCUCUUGCGAUUUUGAGACCACAUGAUGGCCAUCCUGUAUUUUCUGCUACAUUUUUUACUGCUCCGCACCGGCCUGAUCAUAUUGUCCUUGUCACAGCAGGACCACGAAAUCGGGAAGUGAAGCUUUGGGUCGCAGCAAGUGAAGAAGGUUGGCUUCUCCCUAGUGAUGCCGAGUCCUGGAAAUGCACUCAGACAUUGGAGUUAAAGAGUUCUGCUCAACCAUCUCUCAAGGAUGCGUUCUUUAAUCAAGUUGCAGCACUACCUCAUGCAGGUCUGCUUUUACUUGCAAAUGCCCAGAGGAAUGCUAUAUAUGCUGUGCACUUAGAAUAUGGUCCUAAUCCCGAAUCAACACGAAUGGAUUAUAUAGCUGAGUUUACUGUGACCAUGCCCAUUCUGAGUUUUACUGGAACAAGUGAUGUAUUACCUCAUGGUGAACAUAUUGUUCAGGUUUAUUGUGUUCAGACACAGGCUAUUCAGCAGUAUGCUUUGGAUUUAGUACAAUGCUUGCCUCCGCUGUUGGAAAAUGUGGGACUAGAGAAGUCAGAUUCCAGUGUUUCCCGAGAUGCAAUGACUGCUGAAGGGUUCACCUCUUUAGACUCAUCUGAAAUGUCUUUAGCCAAUUCUGCUCCCAAAACAAUGAUACAGGCAAGCGGCACUGAGAGUGGUCUUGUGGCAAGAUACCCUUUAAGCUCUGGCCAUAUUGACUCGACUAUGUCUAAAGAUAUCAGCAGUUCAAAUAUUGAUGCUAAAUCUGUGACAUUGGCUUCUUCUAGUAGUGAUGCUGAUAUUGUCUGCGUUCCUUCUCCACCUCUUCCUUUGAGCCCAAGGUUGUCCAGGAAGCUUUCUGAUUUCAGGAGUCCACAGUCUAAUUUGGGUGAUCAUGUUGUGGACCGACCUGUUAAUGAUUAUUCAGUUGACAGACAAAUGGAUACCAUUCACAGGAACUUGUCUGACCCAUUGAAUAAUGAUGAAAAGAAAAUCAAUCAGGAUGACAUUUCUAGUGUACCUAAUCCUUCUGCCAUGUUUAUGCAACCAACUCAUCUGGUUACACCGUCCGAGUUCGUAAAAGCCGGUUCUUCCUCUGAGGCUAAUAUUAUUGAUAAAAAGAAUGAGGGAGAAACAAUGAUCCAGGACAUAGUGGACGUGGGUAAUGCUGAAGUGGAAGUGAAAGUGGUAGGUGAAACAAGAUCUAAUCAAAGCGAUGACAUUGGCCAGCAGGGGUCUCAACAAAACCCACUUUACGAUAAUAAAGAAAAAUUAUUUUGCUCUCAGGCUUCAGAUCUUGGUAUUGAGAUGGCUCGUGAAUGUUGUGCGAUAUCUGGGGAAACUUGUAUUACGGAGGAACCUGGACAAAUUGAUUCUAUUGUAGGGGACUCGCUGGCCCAACCUUCUAACGGUGGCCAUGGAAUCCAAGACAUGACAAAAGAUGUCCAUGAGAAGGUUUCUGACUCAUCUACAUCCAUGGUUGUACCACCAUCACCUGCACCUAAUACUAAAGGGAAGAGGCAGAAGGGUAAAAAUUCUCAAGUAUCAGGCCCAUCUUCCCCAUCUCCGAGUGCAUGCAAUUCAACUGAUUCGUCCAAUGAACCAAAUGGAAGUUCAUCCCUCCAAUCUACUGAAAACGCUUCUCAAAUUCUGGCAAUGCAAGAAACGCUCAAUCAGUUAUUGACGAUGCAAAAAGAGAUGCAGAAACAAAUGACUAUGAUGGUUUCUGUCCCUGUUACAAAAGAGGGUAGGAGGCUUGAGGCUUCCCUAGGGAAAAGCAUGGAAAAAGCUGUCAAGAUCCAUUCUGAUAUUUUGUGGACUCGAUUUCAAGAGGAGAAUGCAAAAAAUGAAAAGGUGUCACGAGACCGUCUCCAACAUAUUACGGGUUUGAUUAGUAACUUUAUGAAUAAGGACCUGCCAGCUAUACUGGAGAAAACAGUAAAGAAGGAAAUUGCUUCUGUUGGACCAGCUGUGGUCCGUGCAAUGUCUCCUGCUGUGGAGAAAAUAAUAUCUUCUACUAUUAUGGAGUCAUUCCAGAGAGGAGUUGGUGACAAGGCAGUGAAUCAACUGGAUAAAUCAGUUAAUUCAAAACUUGAAGCUACUGUGGCCAGACAAAUCCAAGCACAAUUUCAGACAACCGGCAAACAGGUGCUUCAGGAUGCACUUAGAUCCAGUUUUGAAACAUCAGCGGUUCCUGCAUUUGAGAUGUCAUGUAAAGCCAUGUUUGAACAAGUGGAUGCGACAUUUCAAAAAGGCAUGCUUGAACAUUCAACUGCGGUGCAACAACGCCUUGAAUCUGGGCCUACAUCAUUGGCAAUGGCUCUAAGGGAUUCCAUUAAUUCAGCAUCGUCAGUUACUCAAACUUUAAGUAGAGAAGUGCUUGAGGGUCAAAGAAAGCUGAUGACACUGGCAAUUGCAAGAACAAACUCUGGCACAUUAAACCCUCACCCCGUCCAGCUGAACAGUGGUCCUUUGCUUCAUGAAAAGGUUGAGGUGCCACUGGAUCCGACAAAGGAGCUAGCAAGGUUGAUUUCUGAACGGAAAUAUGAUGAGGCAUUCACUGUAUCUCUACAAAGAAGUGAUGUGUCUAUUGUAUCUUGGUUAUGUUCUCAGGUUGAUUUACAUGGACUUUUGUCAAUGGUCCCUCUUCCUUUAAGCCAAGGUGUAGUGCUUUCACUUCUACAGCAGUUGGCUUGCGAUAUUAACAAUGAUACUCCCCGAAAGCUUGCGUGGAUGACAGAUAUCGCUGCUGCCAUAAAUUCAUCGGACCCCAUGAUCACAUUGCAUGUCCGAGGUAUCUUUGAGCAAGUUUAUCAAAUUUUGAAUCAUCAACGGAGCUUACCUACAAUGACCGGACCUGAUCUCUCAAGUAUCCGUCUUUUGAUGCAUGUUGUCAAUUCUGUCCUUGUAACCUGUAAAUGAUUUUUCAAUGUGCAAAUUCACCUUUUGAACUUUUAUUAUGAUUGGAAUUUUGUACAGAGCGCUCUUUUGACUCACUCCAUUAAAUGCUCUUCCAGUCCCAUAGCGGAAUGUGUUAAUUAAUUUGUUUAGAAUUCCGUUCAAGACAUGAAAGUUCUAUUUUUAACAAUUGGGUCUUCUAGGGA